AUGGGUAACCUCAUCAGCCGGCCCAGCUGCCUGGGCCAGAAGUCCAAGCAUGUGAGAUCAGACGAGGACUUCCUGAAGGAGUGCUACCAACGACGAAGAGAGUGGCAGCCUCCGGAGCAACAUGGAGAGGCCAAACCAGAAGUGGCUGCCAAAGACAAAGCAAGGGAGAAUGCAAACAAGGAAAGAGAGGUGGAGGCCAGCAAGGAGGCAGAGGAAAUUGAUUAUAAGAGGGAGGAGAGGGCUCAUACUCCUGUUUCGGACAAACCCCUCCGCAGUUCUCCUGCCUCCACAAUCAGGAGCACCAGUACUCUGGAUAACGCCUGGCACAGCAGCCCUUCUCCAAUAAAAACAUCCCGAAAUGGGACACUAACAAGGAGAACAGUGCCUCCGGAGUUUGCCAGAUCCCCCCUGGCUCACCCGGACAAGAGCACCACGGAGAGGAGGGCCAGCUUCCAGAGGAGAGACUCCAGAGAAGGAAGCCCCUGGUCCUGGAAGACUUUGGCAUCACGAGAGGUCACAGAGGUGACGGAGGUGACGGAGACAAUCGUCACCGAAAUUGUGGAAGUGACAGAGUAUCCAUCUGGGGAUAAGGGAAAAGACCCGAUAGUCACCAGAACUGGAACAAGAUCUGCUUUGGCACUAAGGGAUGUGUCGACAGAUUCUGAGACAUUUCUCCAAAACCUGGAAGCUUUGCUCACAUGGGUCUGUGAGAUAGAGGAGCUGAGGGCCAAUCAGAAGCCGCCAUCCUCUGAGGUCAAAGUGGUGAAAGCCCAGCUCCAAGAACAAAAGCUCUUGCAGCGUCUCCUGACAGACCGAAGGCGUAGUAUGGACUCCAUGAUGCUGGAGGGCCCUCGGUUGGUGGAGGCCCACCCAGGGGAGGAGGGGGAGCAGGCAAAGGUCAGGCUCUCCACUCUCAAACUGAAGUGGGAGGCCUUACAGCUGGAGGCAGAGCAAAGGAGAGCGAGUCUGGAGCUCAUCCUACCCAGGGCCCAGGUCUUCCAGGAGGGAGUAGACAGCUUGCAGCAAUGGCUCAUAUCAGUGGAACAGACCCUUGCUGAGCUACGCAAUGCAGAGAGAGUGAUGCUGCAUCUGUCAGAGGCCACAGACAGGGCCAAGGCUGUUGUCGAAGAGAUUCAAGUCAGAACUGCUGAUCUAGGGAAAAUACAGAAGUCAGGACAUGAUGUGAUGGAGGCAGUUUCAGAGGAGGAAGCCCAGCAGGUGCAGGAGAAGAUGGAUGCUCUGCGGAUCCGUUGCUCCGUGCUAAGUCUGAGCAGCCUGGAUGUGCUGCAGAGGCUGGAGCAGGCCCUGGAGGCCUCCAGUCGCUGUACCUCCAGCCAGGAGGACCUCCACCUGUGGCUGGGCCGCAUUGAGAGGGAGCUCCUGGGGGCACUGGAGCAGGCAGUGGUGAAGGAGAUGGCUUGGUUCAGAGACACAGCGCUGAGUCUUGAAAAGCUGAAAACCAUUAAUCUGGAGCCAGAGCUCAUAGCAGAACAACUCUAUGAGCAGAAGAUUUUGGCAGUGGAGAUUCUGCAACACAGGUUCAACAUUGAGAAGAUGGUGAAGAUCGCUGAAAUCUUGCUGACAUACAGUGACGAAGGAGAAACAGGCGAUUUGCGGACCCCAUUAGAGGCCUUACAGGAACAAUGCAACACCACCUCAGCCACCAACUCCCAUGUGGUCUUGCAGCUCGAGCAUGCUCAGUCGCUUCUUCUGCAGUUCUCAGAGGGCCUUGCUGAGGUUUCACCCUGGCUCGAAGAAACUCAAACCCUAAUUGGCCAGCUCUCCCUGAGCACAAUUAGCUAUGAGGCAUUUCGGGAACAACAGGACCUUUUACAGGGUCUGAGGGAGUCCAUAGCAGAACACCGACCCUUGAUUGCACGCUUAUGCUCGCUGGCAAAACGCUUGUCAGAACUAAACCCCAUUCAGGGGGACGAGUUCUGUCGAAAGGCUACAGAGGCCGAGGAGCAGCACAGAGCCAUCAGAGACCGGGUCAGAGAGACUGCUAAUCUCCUCGAGGAGUCCUUGCCUCGAUUCACGCAGCUGAAUGAGAGGAUGACCCUUAUUAGAGAGAGUCUUGACCGCCUGCGCGGUCACAUACAGACUCCCAGCUCUCUUCAAGGCCUCACCCCAAGGAUCCAGGAGCAGCUGCAGGACAACAAGCACACCCUGGCCGAGCUGUCCAAGCUGGAGCUGAGCCUUGGCAGUGUUAAGACACAGGCAGAUGAGCUGUUGGCUAACACCCAGGCAGCCGAUCCUGACCAAUGUCAAUGUUAUAUCCUUGUGAUGUUAGCAAUCCAGGAGCGAGUGUCCAGUCUGUCCCAGAUGUGGGAUGAGACGCAUACUCAGGCCCAGGAGAGGGAGAGCUGGCUGCUCAAACUCUUGGAUCUGGCCUUGAAGUUCUGGAGUGAUGUCAGCGAUGUCACCGCAGCGCUCAGUGAUGCUCAGCAGGCAGUUCUGGAUCUCAAUGCUAGUCGGACAGACUCUGAGACAAUCCGGCAGAGCCUUGAAACCAUGCAGACUCUCAGGGAGGAUAUUGACAGUUUACAGGGAGAUCUGGACACCCUUGGUGUUUUGGGAAUGGAUCUGAUGUCAGCAUGUGGGGAUACAGACAAACCAGAUGUCACAAAGAGCCUGGAUGAACUCUAUUGCACAUGGAACAACCUGAGCAAACUGUGGAGCGAAUGUCACAAAAAGCUGGAGGAGUCCUUGCAGAUGGCACUACAUUAUCAAGACACUAUGCAGGGUCUUUUUGAGUGGUUGAAGUCUGCUGAGCUGAGGUCCACUGAAGAGUUCAUGGUAGGAACUGACCUGGAAUCAGUCAAAGAGCAGCUAUGUGAUCUCAAGGAAUUUAAGCGAGAACUUUACCAGAAGAAAAUAGAGAUAGAGAGCCUGAACCAUCGCUUCGUGUGCCGGCUGUCUCCGGGCUCGGAGCGUCCAGGCUCCGUCUCACCGCUGUGUGACUUCAGACAGCGCUGGGACAGCUUGGAAUCAGAGACUGUUGGCAGACAGCAUCAGCUGGAGUGUGCUCUGCUGGGUCUGGGUCAGUUCCAAAACACGCUGGAUGAGGUGCACACAUGGCUGUCCCGGACGGCUGAACAGCUGCAGGGCAGCCAGCCAAUCAGCAUCGACCUGCAGGCCUGUGAAAUAGAACUGGCCAAACACAAGGUCUUGCGUAAUGAUGUCAUGUCCCAUGUUCGCACGAUGGAGUCCCUGAACCAGGCAGGCAGGGGGCUGCUGGAGGUUGGGUCCGGGGACAGCCCGCAUGGUCUGCAGUCUCGUCUGGAGCAGCUCAAUGAAAGCUGGGAGUUUGUCCGCUGUGAGACUGAACGCCGGCAGCUGGAAUUAGAGAACAGACUGAGUCAGGUACAAGAUGUUACAAUGGAGAUUCAGGAUCUUCUGCAGUGGCUGGAGAACACAGACCUGAGGCUGUCCUCUUCUAAAACCAUGUGGAGUAUGCCGGACUCGGCCAGUGAAAGGCUCAAUGCGCACUUGGAGCUGUGCAAUGAGAUGGAGUCAAAGCUCCAUGCCUACACAGAUGUGAAGAAUGCCAUCCACAGGAUGCUGGAGAGCAGCAAUGUUGUCCGGGGAUCGAGCACCGAACACAGCUUGUCUAUUCUCGACCAGAAAUGGGCUUCUGUUUACAGCAAAGUUCAGGAGCGAAAGGCAAAGCUUACAGAAGGACUGAGUCUGGCCAAAGAGUUCCACAGUAACGUCCAGGAGCUUCUCACUAAGAUGAGCCAGUGUGAAGAGUCUAUUGGGGUUCUCCCUGCUCCCAGCUUUGUUCUGGACACAGUUUGUACACAACUGCAGGCUCACAGAGCACUGGUGAAUGAGGUGAACGGUCUCGGUGAGAAGAAGAGCACAGUGGAGAACACAGCGCAUAGGCUAACAGAGCUGAGUAGGAAGGAAGACUGUGAUGUCAUUCAUAACCUAAUCAUGACCAUCCAGGACCGCUACAAAAAGCUACAGCAGCGUGCUGCAGAAAGAGGCAGGACGCUGGAGGAGGUCAAAAAGAAUGCCAAACAGUUUAACGAAUCAUGGCGCCUGCUGGUGGACUGGAUGACAGAGGUAGAACAGACGUUGGACACACAUAAAGAGAUUGCUGUGUCCCAUGAGGAGAUCAAACAACAACUGGCAGAACAGAAGGAGUUCCAGAAACUGCUGAGGUCAAAGAGGCCCAUGUACGAAGCUACGUCGAAAAAUGGACGCAGCCUUCAUGAAAGAGCUCAAACCAGCCACGACAGGCAGCAUCUGGAGAAUCUACUGGCCGAACUCAAGGACACGUGGGACACCAUCAGCGGCAAGUCUAUGGAGAGGCAACACAAGCUGGAGGAAGCACUGCUGUUCUCAGGGAGAUUCACCGAUGCUCUGCAGGCCCUGAAUGACUGGCUGUACAGAGCGGAGCCCCAGCUAGCUGAGGAUGUUCCUGUUGGUGGAGACAAGGACAUGGUGCACAACCUGAUAGACAAACACAAGGCCUUUCAGAAGGAGUUAGGGAAGCGAGCGGGAUGCAUUAGGACCCUGAAGCGCUCUGUGAGGGACCUGACCAGGAGCAGCACAGCUGAUGCUCACUGGCUGCAGGAGCAGAUGGACGAGCUGGAGGGCCGCUGGGAGGCUGUGUGCAGACUGUCAGUCAGCAAGCAAGACAGACUGGAGGCUGCGCUUCAGCAGGCUGAAAAGUUUGACGGCCUUGUCCACUCUUUCAUGGAAUGCCUCACUGAGGCGGAGAGGAUACUGAAAUAUGGGGUGAUACCAGAGGAGGAGGAAGGUUUGCUCGCUUUCCGCGAACAACACAAGGAAUCGAUGGGUGCCUUGCAGGCUCAGGCAGUGGACUUACAGAACAUCCAUUGCCUGGGUGAGGAGAUCCUGGCCUCCUGUCACCCAGACUCCAUAAUCACCCUGAAAUCUUGGAUCAGUGUCACCAAGACCCGCUAUGAGGAGGUUCAGACCUGGGCUCAGCAGCAGGGCCAGAAGAUCCAGGCCAGCUUGGCAGCACUGGAGGCAGAGAGAGAGGAAAUCCAGAGGCUACUGGACUGGAUCUCCUCAGCGGAAGAAGCCCUCAGCCUCAGAGACCAAGAACCUCCGGCUGAGACCACAGAGCAGAACCAAGAACUGAUCGCACAGCACACAGUAUUCAUGGAAGAGUUGAAUAAAAAGUUUCCAGAGAUUGAACAUGCCACAAAGUCCUGCAAACACAAGAGCAUCUCUAAACAGCAAGUUUCCCCCAGCAAACGGCCUCUCACAAAGAGGAGGAGCACUCUGAAGAUGCAGCCUGCUGCACCGGUUCCCUUGGAGCACCUGGACCCCCAGACCCCAGAGCUCAUCCAGCUGGUCAGCCAGUGGCAGAAACUGUGGCUCCUGGCUGUGGCGCGACAAAAACAUCUGGAACAACACCAGCAAGCCCUCAAAGAGAUGGAAGAAUUUGCAAACUUCGACUUCAAUAUCUGGCGAAAGCGUUACAUACAGUGGAUCAGCCACUUAAAGUCACGGAUCUUAGACGUGUUCCGCAGCAUCGACCGGGACCAGGAUGGGCGCAUCAGCCAGAAGGAGUUUGUCGAUUAUGUCCUUGCUUCCAAAUUUCCCACCAACUCUCUGGAGAUGGCUGCAGUGGCGAACAUCUUCGACAUGAACAGCGACGGCUUCAUCGACUACUACGAGUUUGUGAGCGCGCUUCACCCCAGCCGGGAUCCCUACAGGAAAACGCUGGAUGCAGAUCAAAUCAACGAAGAGGUGAGUCGACAAGUAUCACAGUGCAACUGUCCCAAGAGGUUCCAAGUGGAGCAAAUAAGUGCCAAUAGAUACAGGUGAUAUCUUGGAAAUGAGUUUGGAGAUUCCCAGCAGUUGCGGAUGGUUCGUAUCCUGCGCAGCACGCUGAUGGUCAGGGUGGGAGGGGGCUGGACUGCUCUGGAUGAGUUCCUGGUCAAGAAUGACCCCUGCAGAGUGAAAGGCAGGACCAACCUGAAGAUCAAGGAGAAGUACCUGUCCCCUGCAGGAAGCUCUUCUAAGGGUUUGACUGUCAGCAGGUCCAACUCAAGCCUCAGCCUGUACAGCAGUGCCUCCGCCCCCACCAGCCCCAUGACACGCAAGAAGAAGCUGAGAGGUUACCCACAUGAUUACAUCGUCCCCUGA